AUGGAGACAGAGGCGCCGCACGCGCCGCCGAUCGCCGUCAAGGUGAUGCGUGUGUCGGCACCGACACUUGCCACGCGCUCGAUUCCCAUGUUCGAGGCGGCUGCCGAGGGCGCCGCUGCGCCCGAUGCGCCGCCCUCGGCGAUGGCGUGGGACCCGAGCGUGUGGGAGGCGAUCGAGGCGACGUAUGCGCGUGGGAGCGAUGCGCCGGCGCCUGGCGACACGCUGCCUCUGCGGGAGGCGAGCUGGACGGACCAGCUCCUGCUGCCUGCGUCGUUCGGCACGGUCGCGCCGCUCACGGGCGUGCGCAUCGUGCUCGAGAUGCACUCGGAGGCUACGGACAAGUUUGUUGCGACCUCCUGCGAGCUCGCGAGCGUCACGCUGCCGGAGCCGCUCGCGCCCCAGGCGCAGCACUGCCUCGUGGCCACACACACGCUCGAGGCCAUGGCGCCGCAUGCGCUUGUGUGCCGCAUCCGGAGCGACCGCGGCACAAACGAGCACUGGCUGUCCAACUCGGCGGCGCAGCUGAGCGAGGCCGUCGCGCACACGCGCCACCCGGACGCGUGUGUGCGCGACCGAACCGUUGUCCGCAUGCAGGUGCGCAACGUGUCGGAGCGCCCCCUGUACCUCGACGCGCUCGCGCUCGAGACGGACGCGACGUGGGACGUGCACGCCGAGCCCCUCGACCCGACGCCGCUCCUGCCGCAGGACAUCCGGCAGUACCUGUGCACGCUGACGCCCAAGCGCGAGGUGACGUGGCCGCUCCUGCUCACGCAGCGCGACGCACUCGCGACGCUGCCCGCCGCCAGUACGACGCUGCCGCUAGCGCUGCGUCUCGGGCAUGUGCAGGUGGCGUGGCGCGUGCCAGGCGGCGAGCCGGGGCGCCUGCGGGUCGGGCCGCUCACGCGCGUCGCGCACAUCCCGCGGCCCCGCACGCCGUGGUAUGCGGAGCUGCACGUCGACCCGGUCCGCGCGCGCGUCGACGAGGCUUGA